AUGGGGUCGCAUAAAGUGAUAUUCUCGAUCGCGUCGCUAAAUGUAGGUAACGACGUCGAAGUUGUCGCCGAUCUGAAGAAUAUGUGUGACGAACUAGAAACCUCUAAAUUUAGGCUGCUGGUGAUUGGAGACACUCGGGAUCAAAUCUCGUCAGUGAUCACAAAGAAGCUCCAGCUGACUGACAGAUUUCAGAUGCUGUGUCGGGGUCAACAGUUGAGAGAUUUCAUUCACGAAUACAGAACUGGUUCAGAAACCCUUGCAUUGAUUGGAGUGGAAGACAGAGACUUAGACAUUGCUGCAAGUAACAGACUGUUAUUUUUAAGUGCAAGAUGGGUGCACUGUGAUGUAAAAGUUGCUAAAUAUGGAAUACCUGCCCAUAGUCCUAGGAAACUGACCGGUAUACUGAAAAAUAUUAACCAACAGACAGAAUGGUUUUACAGAUGUGAUUUAGCUGGACCAAUUCCAACUACUGUAUUUGCAUUGUGUUCAGCCAAUCAUUAUGGAGGAUUAUGGCAUGGUUCGGAUGAAGUUGGUGCUUCAAACGAGUUUCGUAAACUCUUGAAAGAUGGUGAUGGUGAUCUGGCAAUGAAGACUGCUUUGAAAUGUCAUCUUUUGGCCGCCAUGCAUCACACGCCUGAAUUUAAAGAAGUCCAAGACUGGAUCGUCACUCCAUCCUCAUCCAGGAGGUUAAAUGACACUCUAGUUGAAUUAAAAGAACAUCUACGCAGUUUGACGAACAGUGGUAAAAGAGAGCCUGUACUGGUGCGAGGUGAACAGGUCAAUCCAUCAUCGAAAUGUUAUUCAGAAGAUCGUCAAAGUACAGAAUUCAUACAGCGUCAUUUCUAUACUGUACAUGUCAAUCCACAUUGCACCAUAAAAGGUAGACUGGAUGACAGAGUUGUGUGUAUCCUAGACGAUUAUAUUAACUAUGGAAACACGCUAGAGACAAUGCGUAACUUACUUGUUUCAUGUGGUGUGCGAAAAAUCCUCAUAGUUGCACUAGCAAAAUACCGAAAUGUCAAUGAAAUCGAGCAUAAACAUCAAAAUUAUCGUAUGAUUGAUAAUGUAUACACGCCUGGGGGGCAUGAAAUAGAAUAUAAACAACAGAAUUACCAAAUCCAGGGAGACAUCUACCGACUUGGUGGUUAUACAGCAACCCACAUUUCAAACACAUUGUUGGAGGCAAGGUUCAAUGAUACGUACAAAAGAGAUAAAAAUGAACUCAGGAAAAUUGCUAAAUUUCUAAAAUAGAC